AAUUGAAAAUUCGUUGAUCUCAGUUUCAUUUGCUUUUGCUAGCGACACACAACGUUGUCUUCGAUCUCUCUGAUUCACUCGCUGCGAGACAAAAAGAUCUUUUCCCAUACUUGCCACUUUGUUGACUUUUUCUCUAAUAUUGUGCUCCAACAAAAGGUUUCUAGUGUUUAUAAAAACGGGGAAUACAUUUUUCUAACAACAUGGGCUGCGGAAUAUCAAUGGUUAAAUAUAUCUUAUUCCUGUUCAAUUUUCUUUGUGCGAUAUGCGGUAUUCUUAUGAUAGUUGCUGGUUCAAUGCUUUUUAGCGAUAUCAGCACGGUAAAUGAACUAUCAGAGGCUAUAAAAGUGCAACAGAUACCAAUUACUCUUAUUGCCCUGGGAUGCGUUAUCACAAUUAUAGCAUUCUUUGGAUGUUGUGGAGCCCUUCGCGAAUCGUAUUGCAUGUCCAUGACCUAUGCGUGCUUCCUGUUUGUGUUGAUGGUUGCUCAAUUGGCGUUGGUAGUAUAUGUGUGGAUUUACAAAGAAGACUAUGUAAACAAUAUGGGGCAGGUUGUCGAUAAAGCUUGGAGCCGUCGUACCCAAAAAGCCGAUUAUAUGGAUGCUUUGCAGAUUGGAUUUCAUUGCUGUGGAAAGAAUGAUUACCGUGAUUAUACAUACCAAGGAUUUUUCCCAACAACUUGUUGCGAUGAUAAGAACAAUUGUAAUUCAGAAACUGUUUAUAAACAAGGUUGCAAAAUGGCAUUUAGGAACUUCUGGGACAAAAAUAGUGAUAUGAUCAAAUACGUUGGAUUAAUUAUUGCUGCCAUCGAGUUCGUUGGUUUCGUGUUUUCUUGUUGUUUAGCAAAUAGUAUUCUGAAUUACAAACGAAGAUCUGCAUACUAAUAGAUGCUACAAAGGUGCUAUGUAUUAUUUUGUUUAAAUCUUGUCUAGUAUCAAAUAAGAUUUAAAUCAUCGAAAGGUGCUGAAAAAUUACAAAUUUAAUUAAUAUUACUAAUUGUAAAUGAAAAAAUCGAAAAAUAAUUUUGUUCUUAGCUUGUUCAAUAUUAAUAUGCUUAUAUUUUUGUAUAUUUUAAUGUAAUGUAUUUUAUAAGUUUUAAAUACAAACAAAAAAAUGUGUUAAAUAAUUAUUUUUUAUUUUGUUAUACCGAAAACUAUUAAAACAAAGCCAUAAUAGCAA